CAAUAUCCCACCCUUGCUCUCGACUCUAGCCAAAAUCACCGCCUUUACCACUCAGUCAGCACAGACACAAGCAUAAUAUGGCUACCCGCAUCCAAUUCGAAAACAGCAGCGACAUUGGUGUCUUCUCCAAAUUGACGAAUAGCUACUGCCUCUGCGCAGUCCAGGGCAGUACGAACUUUUAUUCCGCCUUCGAGAGCGAGCUUGGCGAUGUUAUUCCGAUCGUACACACCACCAUUGGUGGUACCCGGAUAGUGGGACGACUCACCGCAGGCAACCGCCAUGGUCUCCUCGUGCCCUCGACAACCACCGACCAAGAACUGCAACAUCUCCGCAAUUCUCUUCCAGACGCCAUCGCAAUCCAGCGAGUUGAGGAGCGACUAUCCGCGCUCGGCAACGUCAUCGCAUGUAACGACUACGUCGCCCUCGUGCACCCCGACGUCGACCGCGAGACGGAGGAGAUCAUUGCGGACGUGUUGAAGGUGGAGGUGUUCCGGCAGACGAUCGCAGAUAACGUGCUCGUAGGCAGUUAUUGUGCGAUCACAAACCAGGGCGGGCUUGUCCAUCCAAAGACGAGCGUACAAGAUCAGGACGAGCUCAGCAGUCUGCUUCAGGUCCCCCUUGUGGCGGGCACAGUGAACCGAGGGUCGGACGUCAUUGGUGCAGGACUGGUAGUGAACGAUUGGUGUGCAUUCACUGGUCUGGACACAACAGCUACGGAGAUCAGCGUCAUUGAGGCGACGUUCAAGCUGCAAGGCCAAAGCUCCGCAGCAGCUAUUGGCGAGAUGCGCGACUCCCUUAUUGACAGCUGGGCAUGAGACUGUAUCUCGGCUUGCUUAUCGAACCACUGUAUACAACAUCUGUUCUGGUACUAGGGGGGACAUAUUGCAUGAAGACAACACUUGUGUAUCCGUAUCGCACUUUGCCCUUGUAGAUUCGCUAUGCAUCUCGCAACCUCGCUCUGGGAUACUGUUAGAG